AUGCCACUUUUCACCGCCAGAUCGUCGUAUGCGCAGCAUACACCUUCCCGAUAUAAAAGCCUCAACCGCCCAUUCACCCGCUCGCAGUUUGUGCUCAAACGUUAUAGUGUCUACAACUUCUGUGCAAGGACUUUUUUAAUUAUGAAUACACGGUGUUUAAUAGUGUUAGCGGCCGCCCUCGGCGUGGCUGUUGCGCAGGAGCAAUUCAAAUGCCCAGACGACUUCGGCUUCUACCCUCACCACAUCUCUUGUGACAAAUACUGGAAGUGUGACAACGGAGCCGCUGAACUGAAGACUUGUGGAAAUGGACUCGCUUUCGACAACACAGACUCAAAAUACUUAACAGAGAACUGCGAUUACCUACACAACGUUGACUGUGGAGAGAGAACACAGCUUGAGCCACCAAUCUCCACUCCUCACUGCCAGAGACUAUACGGUAUCUUCCCUGACGAAAGCAAAUGUGACGUGUUCUGGAACUGUUGGAACGGAGAGGCCUCCCGUUACCAGUGCAGCCCCGGACUUGCCUACGACAGAGAAGCGCGUGUGUGCAUGUGGGCUGACCAGGUUCCAGAAUGCAGGAAUGAAGAAGUAGCCAACGGAUUCUCCUGCGCCAACCCCGGUGAGGUCGCCAACGCCGGUUCUUUCAGCCGUCACGCUCACCCCGAAGACUGCCGCAAAUACUACAUCUGCUUAGAGGGUGUCGCCCGUGAAUACGGAUGCCCAAUCGGCACAGUCUUCAAAAUCGGAGACUCAGACGGCACAGGCAACUGCGAGGACCCAGAAGAUGUACCCGGAUGCGAAGACUACUAUGGUGAUUUGGAUCUGAAGUCAAUCCGCAAGAGUGAGCUCCUCGCCGGCCUCAAGAGCGACGGCCAAUCCCGCCCCGACCAGCCAAAGCACCUCAAACCCCGCCCCCAAAAAGAAAACUAA